UCCUCUCGCGAGCCCGGGUAGUCCCGAAUGUCGUUAGCUGUGGAGAAAGAUGGCGGAAAAUUUAAAAGGCUGCAGCGUGUGCUGCAAGUCUUCUUGGAACCAGCUACAGGACCUGUGCCGCCUGGCCAAGCUCUCCUGCCCUUCUCUCGGAGUCUCCAAGAGGAACCUCUAUGACUUUGAAGUCGAGUACCUGUGUGAUUACAAGAAGAUUCGUGAACAGGAGUAUUACCUGGUAAAAUGGCAUGGAUACCCAGACUCAGAGAGCACCUGGGAACCACGGCAGAAUCUCAAGUGUGUGCGCAUUCUCAAGCAGUUCCACAAGGACUUAGAAAGGGAACUGCUUCGGCGACACCAGCGCUCAAAGCCACCCCGGCAUUUGGACCCAAACUUGGCCAGCUACUUAGUGCAGAAAGCCAAGCAGAGGCGGGCACUGAGGCGGUGGGAGCAGGAGCUCAAUGCCAAGCGCAGCCACCUGGGACGCAUCACCGUGGAAAAUGAGGUGGACCUGGAUGGGCCUCCGAGGGCCUUUGUGUACAUCAAUGAGUACCGUGUUGGUGAGGGCAUCACACUCAACCAGGUAGCUGUGGGCUGUGAGUGCCAGGACUGCCUGUGGGCUCCUGCUGGAGGCUGCUGCCCGGGGGCAUCACUGCACAAGUUUGCCUAUAAUGACCAGGGCCAGGUACGCCUGCGAGCUGGGCUGCCCAUCUAUGAGUGCAACUCACGCUGCCGCUGUGGCCACGAUUGUCCAAAUCGUGUGGUACAGAAGGGCAUCCGCUACGACCUCUGCAUCUUCCGCACAGAUGACGGGCGCGGCUGGGGCGUCCGCACACUGGAGAAGAUCCGUAAGAACAGCUUCGUUAUGGAGUAUGUGGGAGAGAUCAUUACCUCAGAGGAGGCAGAACGGCGGGGCCAGAUCUAUGACCGCCAGGGCGCCACCUACCUCUUCGAUCUGGACUACGUGGAGGAUGUGUAUACCGUGGAUGCCGCCUACUACGGCAACAUCUCCCACUUUGUCAACCACAGUUGUGACCCCAACCUACAGGUGUAUAACGUCUUCAUAGACAACCUUGAUGAGCGACUGCCACGCAUUGCUUUCUUUGCCACAAGGACCAUCCGGGCAGGCGAGGAACUCACCUUUGAUUACAACAUGCAAGUGGACCCCGUGGAUAUGGAGAGCACCCGCAUGGACUCCAACUUUGGCUUGGCUGGGCUCCCUGGUUCCCCCAAGAAGCGGGUCCGUAUUGAAUGCAAGUGUGGGACUGAAUCCUGUCGCAAAUACCUCUUCUAGCCCUUAGAGGUCUGAGGCCAGGCUGACCUUGGGGGCCUGAUGCUGCCUGCCCGCCCACCCACUGCUGCCCUCCUGUCAGAGGAAUGACUGUCAGGGCCUCCUGCCUGCUGCUGCCUGCCUCACAUGCUCCAUGCUUAGAGCUGUGGGGCUGCGGUCAGGAUUGAACCCAGGAGUUCCCUCUCCCCUUCCCAGCCUAUUCUGGGGCUGCACUUACAAACCCCUUGCCUGCCUUCAGAAGUCAUUUUUCUACAUCAGGAGUUUCUGCAGUCAAGAUCUAUCUAUGGCUUAUAAAGGAGGUCUAAGGGGGUGAGUUCUAGCCCAGCCCAAUAUUUGAAAAAUGUUUGUUUUUGCACCUGCUUCUGCCUGGAGCUUGAGGGGUCUAUUGCAGGGCUCCCUCCCUACUGCCCCGAGGAAAUGGGGAGGCAACUCUAGGGCAGGCAGGCAUGCUUGUUCAGAGUUCCCAGACCUACCCACUGUUCUCUAGGGCCAACAACUUUGUGUUAGUGAAAGAAAAGGGAUUCCUCAGGACUGGGCUGAGGCUCAUUUCCACUUGUGCUCACAGUGAUGCUAGUGUGGUUCUGGAAGCUAGGAGCACUUCUUCAGGGUCACCUCAUCUGAGAAGUGGGUACCUACCUGCCACUG